GGCGGGACCGAGCUGGGCUGGGGCGGGGGGCGAGGCGCUUUGGGGGGCUCGGCUCGGCUCGGCGGGAGGCGCGUGAGGUGAGGUGAGGAAGGCCCGGCGGCCGCUGCCUGCAGAGAACGCCAUGGCAGCCCACAAGGAGAAAAAAUCUGAAGAACGAAACCACAAAAACAUCCAAAAUGAUACUCAAGCUUCUCAAGUCCAGUGGGGAAGAGCAUGGGAGGUAGACUGGUUUUCCUUGGCAAGCAUCCUUUUCCUGCUCAUGUUCGCACCACUUAUUGUGUAUUAUUUCAUAAUGUCCUGUGACCAGUACAAGUGCUCUCUGACUGAUCCGCUCAUUGACUUGCUCAUGAGGAAUAAACAUCUGUCUGACAUCUGGAACAAGACUCCUACACUGACCUAUACAGCUGCUGGCAUCUAUAUUAUUUGGGUUGCCUUCCAGGUGAUUUUGUAUGUGUUUGUUCCUGACUUCUGCCACAAGUUUCUUCCUGGAUAUGUAGGAGGUAUACAAGAAGGUGCUGUCACUCCUGCUGGUGUAGUAAAUAAGUAUGAAAUCAAUGGACUCCAGGCUUGGAUCAUAACCCAUGUACUUUGGUUUGCAAAUGCCUAUUACUUCCACUGGUUCUCGCCUACCAUCAUUUUUGACAAUUGGAUUCCUCUCCUCUGGUGUGCCAAUAUCCUGGGAUAUGUAGUUUCCACAUUUGCAAUGAUAAAAGGCUACUUUUUCCCUACUAAUGCCAAAGACUGCAAAUUCACUGGCAACUUCUUUUACGACUACAUGAUGGGGAUUGAAUUUAACCCUCGAAUAGGAAAGUGGUUUGAUUUCAAGCUGUUCUUCAAUGGGCGCCCUGGUAUUGUAGCCUGGACUCUGAUUAACCUUUCCUAUGCUGCUAAACAACAGGAGCUGUAUGGUCAAGUAACCAACUCCAUGAUCCUCGUCAAUGUCCUGCAGGGUAUUUAUGUUUUGGACUUCUUCUGGAAUGAAGCCUGGUAUUUGAAAACGAUUGAUAUCUGCCAUGAUCAUUUUGGAUGGUACUUGGGCUGGGGAGACUGUGUUUGGUUGCCUUACCUCUACACUCUGCAGGGUUUAUAUUUGGUUUACCACCCUGUGCAGCUGAGCACAGCCAGUGCCAUAGGGGUCUUGAUGUUGGGCUUGGUAGGCUAUUAUAUCUUCAGAAUGACGAACCACCAGAAAGACCUCUUCCGGCGUACAAACGGCAACUGCAGGAUAUGGGGGAAGAAGCCAGAAUACAUUGAGUGCUCUUACAUGUCUGUGGAUGGGACCAAGUACUACAGCAAGCUGAUGACCUCAGGAUUUUGGGGCUGGGCACGCCAUUUUAACUACACAGGAGAUUUGAUGGGCUCCCUGGCCUACUGCCUGACUUGUGGGUUUGAACACAUCUUGCCUUAUUUCUACAUCAUUUAUAUGACUAUUCUGUUGACUCACCGUUGCAUUAGGGAUGAACACCGUUGUUUCAGCAAAUACGGGAAGGACUGGAAGCGCUACACUGCUGCAGUGCCUUACCGGCUUAUACCAGCAGUAUUUUAAGGCUAACACAGAAUCCGGGGAAACAAAAAUUUUUGAGACAAAAAGAGUUGAUCCAUACAGUUAAACUAACAAAAAAUAUUUUGGGAAGGACACUUAAUAAUGCUUGGGAAAAGAAAAGGUGUCUGGAGAAUAAUCCUGGAUGUAAUGAAGGAACAUGCUUCUAGUAAGCAGGCAGACUGUUUAAAGUAAAUGAAAUAAGGCACUGAAAUGGCCUUUUUAGAUAUAUUUGUAUUUAAAAAAAAAAAAAGAAAAAGAAAAGACUGUUUCACCUGGAACUGUUUUUUUUUUUUCUUUAAAUUAACUUGGACUUGAAGAAAAGUUACAUGCACUGAAUGCAUUCCUGAAAUCUCUCCAAUACUGGGAGGAAGUCUUACCCUUCAGAGCACCAAGGUUUUUGGAACCAGCUGCCAGUGAAUUAGGAGAGUAGGAAAAUAACUGUGUGUUCAGUUUAUGAAAGAAACUUUAUGACGUGGUUGCUUGUGACACUCAUAACCUACGAUUAGUAAUUCCCUGAGGCAGGCUUUAUUGCUCAUUGAUUUUGAAGAGUUGAACCUGGGAAAUACUGAGGCUUAUCCUAAGCUAGUGUUUUGGAAGACUGGUGUAAUCUGAUUCACAAAUAUUUGUGAAAGCUGGUAUAAAUUGGUAUAGCUACGUUAAUUACAGUAGACUAAUUGCAUUAGUCUACAGCACCAGACAAACAUGGUCCAUGACCAAUUGGGUAUUGUCUUGAUACAGAAACCAAACUUUCUUGAUGAAGAUGCUAAUCAUACAUUGACUUCUUUAGUGUGGGUAGAAAACCUUUUCUGUCACUUUUGCCUAAAAUAACAUUUGUAAUAGUUUAAGAAAUAAAUGAGUGGUUUGAAUUAAAAAAAAAAAAAA